UUUGUGCAUCGUCUCCUUCCUCUCCUGUUCUUGAGGGAUGGAGGCUGGUGAACCAAAUGUAGUGGAGAGUAGUGGUAGUGGGAGCACAGGGAAGUUUAGGAGGAUAUGUGUCUUCUGUGGGAGUAGGUCAGGAAACAGGCCAUCUUUCAGCCAAGCAGCUCUUGAUCUUGGCAAGCAACUGGUAGAGAGAAAAAUAGACCUCGUUUACGGUGGUGGAAGUGCCGGCCUGAUGGGUCUGGUAUCCAAGACUGUCUUCGAUGGUGGCUGCCAUGUCCUUGGUGUCGUUCCCACAGCUCUCUUGCCAAAUGAGGUAUCAGGUGAAACCAUUGGAGAUCUGAUCAAAGUUGCAGACAUGCAUGAGAGGAAAUCAGAAAUGGCCAAAUGUGCUGAUGCCUUCAUAGCCCUUCCAGGUGGUUAUGGAACCAUGGAAGAGCUCUUGGAGAUAAUAGCUCAUUCUCAACUUGGAAUCCAUCACAAGCCUGUGGGUUUGCUCAACGUGGAUGGGUACUAUGACAGCUUGCUCGCCCUCUUCGACAAAGGAGUGGAGCAAGGGUUCAUCGAGGACUCUGCGAGGCACAUUGUUGCAUCGGCAGAAAGUGCAGAGGAGCUUCUGAGGAAAAUGGAGGUGGGUGGGAGGAGAGGAGAGGAUGGAGAGAGCGCAGAGCCACAAGGUCUGGAUUUUGCUGUGUGUAUUCUACUACAGUUUUGGCUGGCUGCUGCAUUAUUGGAUUGGGUGAGGGGAACAAAGAUUUGCAGGGAAAAAAGCAGGGAAUGA